GUUGAGCAGCACAACUUGCAGCAGGAUUUGACACAAAAAGCAAGCACUGCACGGUUACAGGAUGACAUAGAACAUUGUUGUGCAUCAUAAGAACAUACCAAUUCAGGACCAGUGAUUUAAGGAGAGAUUGUGCAAUAUGAACACAUCAGAGUACGGAAUAUACACUUACACCGACUCGGAAUAUGACGACAACACUUCAGUUCCCAGUCAAGAAUCAUUCCAUGGAAGAAUGGUGUUGUCCAGUUUUCUCUAUGUGCUGUUCAGUCUGGGCCUGCUGGGUAAUGUCAUAGUUCUGUGGAUGCUCCUUCGGCACAUGAAGCUGAAAACAAUGACGGAUGUCUGCCUCCUCAACCUGGCCCUGUCUGAUCUCAUACUGGCUCUAUCACUCCCUCUCUGGGCCUACAAUUUCCCAAGCCUUGAAUCAUGCAAAGUUAUGACAGGAGUCUACCAGUUGGGUCUGUACAGUGGGACUCUGUUUGUGACCCUGAUGAGCAUGGAUCGUUACCUGGCAAUUGUUCAUGCUGUGGCAGCAAUGAAAUCUCGGAGUCUUUGCUACGGAAUCAUAGCUAGCAUCAUUAUCUGGGUUUUCUCUAUCAUCAUGGCAAUCCCCCAGGUGAUAUUUGCAUCUGUGGAGAUAGAUGUAGAAACAAACAGCUCUUUUAAGUGUCAGCCUAAGUACCCAUACGACAGCAUCCGUUUCUGGAAGAUAUUUCGAAACGUCAGUGAAAACUUCAUAAAUUUGUUCGUGUGUCUCCCCAUCAUGAUGUUCUGCUACUUGAGCAUCCUUAUUGUAGUGUCCAGGACCAGGAACUCAAAAAAGGGCAGAGCUAUGAAACUGAUCUUCACCAUUGUGUGUGUGUUUGUUGUGUGCUGGGUUCCCUACAAUCUCACAGUUUUCUUCCAGACAUUACAGAUGUUUGACAUUUUAAACACCCGUGAGCAUUUUGACAAUGUCAGUGCUGCAAUGUCAGUCUGUGAGAUCAUUGCACUGGCUCACUGCUGUGUGAACCCAGUCAUCUACGCUUUCGUUGGGGAGAAAUUUAGGAAGUCAGUGAGAAAAGUACUGAUGAAAUACCUCUGCUGGAGUGACCAGCGGAGAUGGGCAAGCGGCCUCAGAGACACCACAGAUAAAGAGACCUCCAACACACCAGUACGAUCAGAUUAUUGACAAUAUUGCACAGUUGUGGGUGGUUGUUGAAGUGGUAAGAGUUGCAUGUAAAUGUGCAAAGUUUUUCUUUGUCUUCAUUUUCAAGUUUUCAAACCACCAGGAACCAUAUAAUUUCUGUCUGAAAGUGUAAAAAUGUAUAAAAGUUUUUCUUCACAUUAUGUAAUUCCAGUUGUUUGUUAUUCCAAUAAAGAGCCAUAAU